AUGAAGGAAGCACUUGUCAGCGCCGGACCAAAGGUCCAAGUCAUCGAUAGCACAAUCCCUGUUCCAGAAGCUGAUCAGGUCGUUAUCAAAGUCGUGAUUUCUGGCACUAAUCCAAAGGAUUGGAAACGCGCGGAAAACAACGAAAAAGCUCUCAACACAGGAGACGAUAUCGCAGGCGUGGUCCAUACCGUCGGAUCAGAUGUCACCGAGUUCAAAACGGGCGACCGUGUUGCGGCGUUCCACCAGAUGCAGGCACCACAUGGCAGCUUCGCAGAGUAUGCCCUCAGCUUCGCUCAUACUACCUUCCAUCUGCCCAAGAAGACAAGCUUCGAAGAGGCAGCAACGAUUCCCCUCGCUGCAAUGACUUCGGCGUUUGGAUUAUAUCAAGGCCUUGACCUUCCACUACCGUGGCAUCCUGCUAAAGAACGCCUGCCCUUGAUCAUCUACGGCGCUGCUAGUGCCGUUGGCUCCUUUGCCAUUCAGCUUGCCAUCCAGUCCAAUAUCCACCCUCUGAUCUGCGUUGCAGGGAAAAGCACUUCUCAUGUGGAGAGCCUCAUUGACAAGAGCAAAGGCGAUCAGGUACUAGAUUAUCGGGUCGGUAAUGAUCAAUUAGUGCAGUCAUUAGCUGCAGCAGUCAAGAAUGCCGGGGGGUCUAUCGAGCAUGCCUUUGACUGCAUCUGUGAACACGGCAGCUAUCUGAAUAUUGCGCAAGUGCUGAAUAAAGAAACAGGAAAGAUCGCAGUGAUAUUGCCAUUGAAGGAUUACAGCGAUAUACCCAAAAAUAUCACGCCAAUUAGGACAUACGUAGGUGGAUCGCAGGAGGAGACGGAUACGAUCUAUCCAAGCAACAAAGACACUGGCACUCAAGUUGGCAACCAAGAUUUCGCUUUCGCUUUCUUCAGAUACUUUGGCAGGGGCCUUCUGAAAGGAUAUUUUAAAGGACAUCCUUACGAAGUCGUGCCGGGUGGACUGCAUGGUGUUGAAAAAGCAUUGACUGACUUGAAGAAUGGAAGAGCUAGUGCCGUCAAGUAUGUCCUCAGGCUAGAGGACACAGAGGGGGUAGAACGGUACAGCACGAAUUGA